GCGGUUUCCCUUUGAGCCGGAACAGGAUGACUGGGUUGACUGACCGCGGGCCGCUGAGAAGACCAAUCGGUUGCCUAGAGUGAGACGUUGGCGUUUAAAAUCAGCCAAUGACAGGCACCCACUAGAACUUCCUCUCCGCCUCCUUCGCCCAGCCCGCGACUGUUCUGAGAGUGGCAAGGCGACGGGAGCUGCGGCGGCGUUGCUUCUGAGAGGAGCUCAAGAUGACCGGCUCUAACGAGUUCAAGCUGAACCAGCCGCCGGAGGAUGGCAUCUCCUCGGUGAAGUUCAGCCCCAACACCUCCCAGUUCCUGCUGGUGUCCUCCUGGGACACGUCCGUUCGCCUCUAUGAUGUGCCGGCCAACUCCAUGCGGCUCAAGUACCAGCACACCGGCGCCGUCCUGGACUGCGCCUUCUACGAUCCAACUCACGCCUGGAGUGGGGGGUUAGAUCAUCAACUGAAAAUGCAUGAUUUGAAUACUGAUCAAGAUAAUCUUGUUGGGACCCAUGAUGCCCCUAUCAGAUGUGUUGAAUACUGUCCAGAAGUGAAUGUGAUGGUUACUGGAAGUUGGGAUCAGACAGUUAAAUUGUGGGAUCCUAGAACUCCUUGUAAUGCUGGAACCUUCUCUCAGCCUGAAAAGGUGUAUACUCUCUCAGUGUCUGGAGACCGGCUGAUUGUGGGAACGGCGGGCCGUAGGGUGUUGGUGUGGGACUUACGGAACAUGGGCUACGUGCAGCAGCGCCGGGAGUCCAGCCUGAAGUACCAGACCCGCUGCAUACGCGCCUUUCCAAACAAGCAGGGUUAUGUAUUAAGCUCUAUUGAAGGCCGUGUGGCCGUUGAGUACUUGGACCCAAGCCCUGAGGUACAGAAGAAGAAGUAUGCCUUCAAGUGUCACCGACUAAAAGAAAAUAAUAUUGAGCAGAUUUACCCAGUUAAUGCCAUUUCCUUUCACAACAUCCACAAUACAUUUGCCACAGGUGGUUCUGAUGGAUUUGUAAAUAUUUGGGAUCCAUUUAACAAAAAGCGACUCUGCCAGUUCCACCGCUAUCCCACCAGCAUUGCAUCCCUCGCCUUCAGUAACGAUGGGACUACACUUGCAAUAGCCUCAUCGUAUAUGUAUGAAAUGGAUGACACAGAGCAUCCUGAAGACGGUAUCUUCAUUCGCCAAGUGACAGAUGCAGAAACAAAACCCAAGUCUACCUAAUCAUCCCGUGAAAGUGGUUUCUCUGUGGAAAGCUUUGUUUACGUCCUCCAGAUACAUGAUUUUCCCCUAAGGGAUGUGUUAUAGUCAUUGUGGACACAUUAUUUAGUUUGUGGAUUUCUCUGCUUUCUGUCUUGAAAGAAGCUUGUCUGUGUACCAUUUCAUACUUACUUUGUUUAGGAUCAGGAGUCUUUGUGUUCUUGUGCAGUAGUCAGAAGAAUUGUUUUCUCCCCCAACAAGCCCAAUUCUGUUUCUGAGCAGCUUGAGCUCUUUUGUAACAUAGUCUCACCUGUUAUUUCCGUGCUGUCUAAUAAAUCAGAGAUUCAGAACCCUUAAAUGUUG